AUGAUAAUUCUGGUUAUAGUAGAGGUGCAAUAACAAAAAGAAAGGACACACAUAUUUAUGGAAAAUCUUAUUUAAGCCAAUUUGUAACUGCUAUAAUUGCUAGAUCACUGA